AAUAUUAGAUAAUUAUUUUAAAAUAUAUCGUUUAUUUACCUCAUUUAUAUAUGUGUAUAUAUAUAUAUACAUACAUACAUAUAAAAUAACUUUAAAACGAGGGAUUAAUCAAAUUUUUUUUUUAUAAAAAGACACGAAUAUUUCGAUCACAAAUUUUCUCCUCACCCAUUUUUUCAUUACUUGAUUUGCAAAAGAAUCUAACAAGAAUCAUACUGAAAUUCUCUUUUAUAUAAAAAGAAUUAUUUCCUUUCAUCGCUUUCAUUGCUUUCAUCUCUUUCAUACUCUCUUCGCCUCCCAAUAUUGUUGAAUUCAUAAAAAAGUUAGACAAAAAGAAUUUGCUUCCUUGCCCUCGCUCGGCUGAUGAAUUACAAAUGCCAGAGAAAGGAACAGUUCCACGAGAAAUGAACAGUUUCAUUGUAUUUAGGCGCCAACUGGCUCACGUUGCAAAAUUGCAUAAAACAUCUGAUGAUGGUAGGGUUAUUUCAACGGCAGCGUCAUUUAUCUGGAAUGGUGCAAGUAAAAAUGAAAAAAGGAGUUAUUCUCUUAUCGCUGAAGAACUUAAGAGGAGACAUCGCGAGAAAUACCCAAAUUACACUUAUGAAAGACGAAAAAGAAAAACUGCAGAAGAAGAUUUCAUUGUCUACGAUGCUGGUUUAAUAACACAAAAUAAGAGCAAAAAGAAAAGAAAAGCUUCACCUGAAUCUAGAGCUGUUGUUCAACACGUUUCGGAAGAACAGAAAAGUGUUCCUACUCUACCCCUACAUGGGAAUUUGAUUCGUUUUACUAUGGAAGUUCUGACGUUGGUAUAAAUCCAUCAAUUUUCGAGGGGUUAGAUAAUAGUAGGCAAGAUGAUGGCACAGUUGGCACUAUUUAUUAUCUUUAAUUUUUUUUUUUUUUUUU